GCCGAGCCGGGGCCGAGCCGGGCCGGACCGGGGCCGGGGGCGCCAUGCGGCUGCUGCGGUGCCUGCGGAAGCGGGCGGCCCUGGCCGGCGUGCCCACCUACAUCGAGCACUUCAGCAAGUUCUCGCCCUCGCCGCUCUCCAUGAAGCAGUUCCUGGACUUCGGCUCCAGCAAUGCCUGUGAGAAGACCUCGUUUGCCUUCCUGCGGCAGGAGCUGCCCGUCCGCCUCUCAAACAUCAUGAAGGAGAUCAACCUGCUGCCGGACCGGGUCCUCCGCACCCCAUCAGUGCAGCUUGUGCAAAGUUGGUAUGUCCAGAGCCUGCUGGACAUCAUGGCAUUCCUCGACAGGGACCCCGAGGACCAGACCACCCUAGGACAGUUCACGGACGCCCUCGUCACCAUCCGUAACCGGCACAACGACGUGGUGCCCACCAUGGCGCAGGGGGUGAUCGAGUACAAGGAGGCCUACGGGGACGACCCCGUGUCCAACCAGAACAUCCAGUACUUCCUUGACCGCUUCUACCUGAGCCGCAUCUCCAUCCGCAUGCUCAUCAACCAGCACACGCUGCUCUUCGACGGCAGCACCAACCCGGCGCACCCCAAGCACAUCGGGAGCAUCGACCCGCACUGCAGCGUGACCGACGUGGUGAGAGAUGCCUACAACAUGUCCAAGCUCCUGUGUGACAAAUACUACAUGGCCUCGCCUGACCUGGAGAUUGAGGAGGUGAACGCAAACAACUCCCAGCAGCCCAUCAGCAUCGUCUACGUCCCGUCACACCUCUACCACAUGCUCUUCGAGCUCUUCAAGAACGCCAUGCGAGCCACAGUGGAGAGCCAUGAAAACAGCCCGCGGCUGCCGGCCAUCAAGGUGAUGGUGGCCCUGGGCCAGGAGGACCUCUCCAUCAAGAUGAGUGACCGGGGCAUGGGCGUCCCUCUGCGGAAAAUCGAGCGUCUCUUCAGCUACCUGUACUCCACUGCUCCCACCCCGCAGCUGGGCACGGGGGGUGCCCCCCUGGCUGGCUUUGGCUACGGCUUGCCCAUUUCCCGCCUCUACGCCAAGUAUUUCCAGGGCGAUCUGCAGCUCUACUCCAUGGAGGGCUUCGGCACGGACGCCGUCAUCUACCUGAAGGCCCUGUCCACGGACUCGGUGGAGCGAUUGCCCGUCUACAACAAGUCGGCCUGGCGGCACUACCAGGCCAGCCAGGAGGCCGGGGACUGGUGCGUGCCCAGCACCGAGCCCAAGAACACGUCCACCUACCGCGUGCCCUAGGCCGUGGGGAAGAGGGGCCGAUUCGGCCGUGGGUUUAGCUUCCUUCGCAGGCUGUUAGCUAGCCCCAGGGCGCUGGGGGCCCGCGGGCCCCCCGGUGCCUCCCCGGCACGUCCGGGGUGGGGGAGUGUUUUACACGAGCAUCUUUUUAGUAGCCUGGCUUCAGCCUCCCGCCGGGGGAAGCUGGGGCCGGGACGGCUUUUUUUUUUUUUUUUUUUUAAUUGCUCACCGGGAAGUGUGUGAAACGUGGGGCGGGGGUUAUGUGCUGGGAGGUCUCUGGGGGGAGCAGAGCUGCGGGUCCCCUCAUCGCCCAGGCUUGGGGGCACUUUGGUACGUAGCAGGGGGUGGCGGAGGUGCCCCAUCAGUGCACCUCAUCCCCCGGUGGAGCUGUGUUAAGGGGGGGGGUGUUGAGCCCCUGUCCCUCCCGGCGCCCACCCUGGGGUGGGUACGAGCGGGGGGGCACCCAGGGGUGGCGAGGGGCUGGCCCUUUCCACUGUUGCCAAUAGCACUUCCCUGCCCCUCCGGCCUCUCUGGUGCUGGGGGACUGGGCCCGAAACCCACCUUCCCCCCCACCGACUCCCUGCUUGUCCCUGGUAUUGCCCUACUGAGCUGUAUUCACCCCCGUGCGUGCACCCGCCUGUGCACGCGCGCGUGCACGCCUGCGCGGGCUGGUUCCCCACAGCAUGCUUGGACCUGCUUGGGAAUCUCUCUCUCCCUUCCUCUUUUCCCGUCCUUCCCUCUCCUCCGUCCCCUGCCCCGUGCUGUCAGUAAAUUGGAUGUUGACUGA